GUUCCGUCAAAGGCUUUCUUCUUCAGACGUACCGUGCUUUUUACCUUUCUCCUGUACAGAAGAAGGACCUGAGGAGCAUGUGGACCUGUGUACGCCAAAGACACCAUGCCUGAACAGAGUAAACAACACUACCUCCUUCUCCACGUUCUCUGCAGCGUCCUGCAAAUGCCAUCACCUGCAGGGGAAAGAGCGCCUACACUGUAUGUGACCCAGCUUGCACACAUCAAAGCUGCAGUUGGAGAAUCAGUCACGUUGCUCUGUGAGUUCAGCUACAACGGGGAAGCAGAAGACUCCAAGUUUGGGAAGUUUCACAAAAAAGGAGCGGGGAAAAAUACUGACAUUCCUGGAGUCAUCCGGUGUCAGUCUUCCUACCCACAAAGAACGCCGCUGCUCUGCAAUCUCACCAUGACCAUCCCGAACGUCAGUCCCGGGAAUGCCUCUCUUUACUACUGCGAGGUGGCCAUCCCAAGGCCGAUGAUUACCGUGAGAGGCUCAGGAAGUGGAACCAAUGUUUCAGUUUACGCUGAAGCCUUGUCCUUGAAGACAGAGCAGACAGGAGUCCUGAGACCAGGACAACAGGGAAGCCUACGGUGCAGCGCCACCAGGUUAUACCCUUCAGACUUCACCGUGCGCUGGUUCUGCAGAGACCAUCCAGUGGCACCAGUCAACUAUAAUACAAGUGCUGAAACCAACGUGGACGGCAUUGUGUCACUACAGAGCUGGUACAAGUUCACCCCGAUGAUAACGGAUGACGGCAUGGUCUGCAGGUGCAAGCUGUCCCACCCGUUGUGGACGCAAGAGAGGACAGCCAGCAUCACGCUGAACAUCAGCUAUGGUCCCCAACGUGUCAAUUUGACUUCACGCUCAGGGGUUUUGGUGAAUGGCACGUUGCGACUGCCUGCGGGGUCACCUCUGAGCGUGGCCUGCACCGCGGAUGGCAACCCCAGUCCGGAGAUUCACUGGUCGCUCGAAGGUUCAGACGCUCAGAACCCGAGUGGUGACCUCCACAUACCCGUGGCUACCGAAGAACACGGCGGCCUGUAUUGGUGCGUGGCGCGUAACCGGUAUGGAGAGGGCAAUGCCAGCAUUGUUGUGCUGAUUUCCCAAAGCACGCACGCAACAGCUGGAUUCUACUCCCUUUAUGGUCUGCUGGGCGUCUCAGUCAUAGUUCUCCUGGUUUCACUUGUCUGCUGUGUCCAUAAAAAGAAGCAGACGAAGACCAGAGCCGAACUGGAUCGAGGAUCUCCACUUGCUUCUGAAGAUCCCCACCCUGUGGAUGAGUCGCAGCUGAUCUACAGCACCAUCACCUUUCCCUCGGGAUCCGAACGUCCAAACACAGAGCAAAGAGAACUGCAACGUUCUACAUCCAGCACGGUGCUAUAUAGUCAACUAGCUCUGAAGAACCAUCACCGCGUCCACCCCGGCGACCAGGAGGAGGCGCUCCGCACCGUCUACGUUCUGACACAAGUUCCCCUUUAUUGCUCCUUCGCUAAAGAGGAUCACUGACCCUUACUGCGGGGUAUUUCCCGCUAGAACGGACCGUUGCCAUGGCAACAAGGAGCUGGACUCUCCGUCGGAAAGGUGAUUGAAAUAUGAAAACGGAACUGAACAGCAGAGUCACGAAACAAAGAGGCUCUUGUAGGUUUUCGACGGCUGAGAAAAGCAUGACUCACGCGGUUUUG